CGGAAGGGCCGGGGCGAGCGGAGUCUUCGCUUCCUGCACCGGGGCGCUAGGGCUUGGGUGGAGGGGUGGUGAGGUCAGGGGUGUCGCAGUGAACUUCUCCGCGUUCUUCCUCCGCACCCCACCCCCGCCGCCCUCCCCGCCGAGGCCGUAGAGCUGAUCGGUGGCGGCGGCAGCGCACUGGGAGGCGUGGCAAGUGGCGCGCAGGCCUCGGCGCAGACCGGCUGCACCAUGGUCCAGCUCACUACUGUCCUGUGCAAAGCCUACCGCGGAGGCCAUUUAACCAUCCGCCUUGCCCUGAGUGGCUGUACCAACCGGCCUUUCUACCGCAUUGUGGCUGCUCACAACAAGUGUCCCAGGGAUGGCCGUUUCGUGGAGCAGCUGGGCUCCUAUGAUCCACUGCCCAACAGUCACGGAGAGAAAAUCGUUGCUCUCAACCUAGACCGGAUCCGGCAUUGGAUCGGCUGUGGGGCCCACCUCUCUAAGCCUGUGGAGAAGCUUCUGGGUCUUUCUGGCUUUUUCCCUCUGCAUCCCAUGAUGAUCACAAAUGCUGAGAGGCUGCGAAGGAAACGGGCACGCGAAGUCCUCUUAGCAUCUCAGAAAACAGAUACAGAGGCUACAGAAACAAAAAUGAGCUGACUUCAGUGAGCAGAGCAUUGGGGGAAAGGUCAACACUUAAAACACUUGUUCAGAGCUCUUAGUUUUAUUAGAUUUGGAGGUUAAUAAAUGGAGUUUCCUGAGUCACCCAUGCUCUUCUGGCCUGUCCUGAACUGGACUCAGGGAGAAAUUUGUUCUUUCUGACGUAGAGCUGGGUCUAGGUACUGAUUAGCUUUUUUACCCUUCAUCUGGGGUGUGUUGGAUUUUGGGUUGGGCCCUGGAUCUCUCAGACAACUUUACAGUCUGCUGCCUUCCAAUACUUCCCUGUUUGAAAGCCCCCAGCAAGUCUAUCCAUGGUCCAUCUGUGAAGUUCCUUCCUUAAUCAUCCCACUAGCUCAAGAACACAGUUACUCUUGUUUGACCCAUAAUAUCAAAUUUACAAAGGUAGAUUUUUUUAAUGAACUUUUAGGCUAUAAUAGCAUACUUUUUAAGAAUGAGAAACUGGAAGAAAGGUAAUACUGAAGAGUACGUUCAUACAUUCUUGACCCUUUACAAGUAAGGCUAUUCGUGAGGAUUAUUAGGUGUCAUGAAAGUGGGUAAAACUCCAUUUUAUUGAUGGGAGGCUGAGGUUCAGAUGUGGAAACUUGCCCAACGCCAUCUGUUUUCAUUUGGGCAGAGCUAAGAUUCAGACCCCAAUAUGCAUACCUGGAGAGCCCUUUCCAUUGUCUGCGGCAGGGUGGGUGUGAGAUGAGCAAAGAUGAGGAGCUUUUCAGAAGUCCACUUAAAAAGCCAGUGAUAGAAAUGAGGUUUAGGUGUCAUGAGUUUGGUAAUAUAAAUGACUGGCUGUGCCCCAAGUCCAAAAUGUCAUAUCUGCCUCACCAGAACUGCAGGACAAAAACAAUCAUGAUCAGAGGAUUUUAGUGCACACUCUGGGUAAUACACUUUCAAAUCUGGCAUAAGACUAGGAUAUAGAGUUUAUAGAGGGACACUAAAGCCCUAUCAGUGUACCAACUUACUUUGUUUUCUGGGUUUUAUAUAUUGAGAACAACCCUCAUUAUGGGGUCAAGUCUCUCCCAAGGUUGUCACUGGUUGGCCUCCCUUGCUUUGAGGGGAUUUUGAAGGCAGGGCAGGCUGAGAAGAACUGACUACCUGGAUUAGAUUGUGGAUCUGAUCAUGGAUCUGGGAAAGAAAAAUGCUAUGAAAACCAUGGGAACUCUGGAAGUUAAAGAUGAUAAUAUACUCUGGAGAGUUUAAGGUCUUUGGAUAAGCUUUAAUUGGUAGAGCAAAGAAGAAUGAUUAUGAAAAGUAUUGACCAGUAAAGGGAACUGCUGGGAAAUGGGUUAAGGUAAGGUAAUUAUUUUGAGCUAUUGAGUUUCUGCCAACUCAAGUAUUCACUUUGUUCCCUGGUCUAUCCUUACUCUGUGAUCUGUAUACACAUGCUUCCUGUGUGAGUGCAUCCUGUUCCUGAUAAUCCAGUUUUCUCUAGCUCUAGCCUUGCUCUAGAUUUCCUGACACAGUUUCUCACCAUCUCUUAGUUGAUAGCAUUAGUUUAUGUUGCUAUCAUCUCAAAUCCAACAUGCUCAAACCUAGCUCUUCAUUAAAAAAAAAAAAAAAAGCCUUUGCUUCAGCAGCUUUAUUUUUACUCAGAUGAGGGUUUGGGCCAUGUCAUCUUAACCAAAGUGAAAGGUGAUUAAGAACUGGAAGAUGAUUGGGAAUGAUUCUGUAAUAAAUGUUACAGUUUUUAAAA